UCGCAAAGCAUUGUACAGGACUGUCCGGCUUGACGGGCUCUUUGAUUUCGCACUUGUACUGCAGCAUCUCGAGAAGUUCGCAUCCAGAGAGCUCGACAUUAUUGACCCCUUUAUCCAAUUUGCGCUUUCGGCCGCUUAGAUUAGUCUGCGCUCGCUCGGGAAGCUCUGAAGCGUGGAAGACUUGGCACGGAUAGCCCAUUGUCAAGAACAGCGAAGAUCGUACUGAACGAUCAGCAUCCAAAUAAAAGGCCCCUGGCAAGUUACUAUCUUUCGGGGUCUCAGAAUGGAGACAGCAACGGGGAGUCGGAUAUUAGGUGAGGUUGUUGAGAUGAGCCUUGAAGACGUCCUUCGAAACUUACGCUCUUCACUCCCUCCAGAUCCCAAUCGCUUGAGCAGUCGGGAUCAGGUCCAGCAUCAACCUCAAAUCCUGCCAACCAAACUUACACAUAUAUCAGAACUUGAUGAGAUCACAGCAGCUCACUUCCAUGCCACAAAAUCUGCUGGUCUUGGCAUAUCUGGCCGUCAUCUGCCACUACUAUACAGGCUCAUAUCAAACCUCAUCACCCCUCCGCACCUCUACGCCAUUCUGGUCAUCGAUAUUGAAGGUCGUUUUGAUACCACGCGCCUGACUUGUUCGCCAUCUCAUUUGCAACACGUCUACGUCCACCGCCCAGCACGAAGUGACCCAGACAAUACUCGUGCUCUUGUAGCCGAGGCAGAGGGCAUUCUUCUCUAUGGAAGUGCCGCAAAGGCGAGUGCCGGUCGCGAAUGGUGGGGGACUAUCGUUGUGGGUGGCGUUGGAGCUGGUGAUAUUACAACAGGCUGGAAGGGAUGGCUACGUGUUGAUCGCGAGAACGUCCGUGGCUUUGCACCGGGUAUCAGUGCAGAGGAAGCUUUGGACCAGAAGAGGCAGAGACAAGAUAUUGUCGAUGCAGCUGGCUGGGCUGCUACAUCGCAGUGGGGAGGUUUCGUCUUCAGGGAGGCUGAUGAGAAAGCGUUGGAAGAGGAUGCGGACCCAGGGCAACCCUUGGAUACUGAUGAGCGAGACGAGAGCGCCCGAGACUAA